AUGGCUAAAUUACAGUCUUUGAGUGUGUUUGUUAAUACGCGUUUAACAGUGGCUACCGUAGAGAUUAUGGGGGCUGUAGAGAAAGUGGUAGCGGAGUACCAGGAGGAGAUUUCCAGAUCUAAAGAGGAGAAUGACAGGCUACGCAGACUGCUGCGGAUCACACCGGAGAUAAAACUAUGUAGAAUAGACUCUCUCCAGUUCUCUCUUACCGUCUCCGAGGAGGAGGUUAACCCUGUGCAGCAGCACUGUGACCAGGAGGAAUGGAAGUCCAGUCUGGGGAUGGCUGACCCAGAGCCCAUACAGAUUAAAGAGGAAGAGGAGGAAGUCGGGACCACUCAGGUGGCAGGGCAUCUUCAAGGGCUGGAGCCUGACAUUGUAGAGUUCAUGUUCACUCCUCCCUGGGUGAAAAGUGAUUGUGGUCAGGAGGACCCACUUUUGAGUCUUCCCCAAACCGAGACUGUGGAAAAGAGAGAGCGUGACUCUAAACCAUUGGAUCUCAAACCUUUUGGCACUGUGACCCACCUCAACAUUACCAGUGACCCUCCAGAUAAUCAAGACAAUGUCUCCAGCCACAGCUCAGCUGUAAGCAGCGAUCCAGUAGGAUUUGACAUAAACCCUCCAUUGGAUCCCAACUCAACAUUAAGGAAACCCGGUACUAAAGCCAGCACCAUGUAUAAAAAAACUCAUAUACUCCCCAUGCCCAGAGUUAGGGUCAGAACCACAGACAGAGGUCUGUUUCAUCCAGAGACAUUUGAGAGAGCCUCCCAAGAUGUGCUGGUAGGGGGCCAGUCAGUCAGGAGUGCAGCGAAAGCACAUGGUGUAUGCCAUGUUACUUUGUUUAGGUACUGUCGGAGGAAAAAGGAUAGCGCCAAUGCCCGACUGCCAGCAUACAGAGCCCACAACAGAGUGUUUAGUCAGGAGCAGGAGAAUAAUCUGAAGGAGUAUCUGUUGAGGGCUGCAGAUAUAUACUUUGGAUUGAGUCAUAAAGAGGUAAGCUUACAAUAGUGCUGGUAGUUGAUUACCUAUAAGAUUUUAAAAGGUCAUAUAGAGGUUCAUAACAGUUCAUAAUUAAUAUUGUCUUUAUUUUUCAGGUGCGGAGACUUGCAUACCAGCUUGCCCAACACUACCGCUGCAAGUACCCUGAGACCUGGGCCACCAAGGAGAUGGCAGGGAAAGACUGGUUCACCUCCUUCCUCAAAAGGCACCCCGGCCUCUCCAUCCGACAGCCUCAAGCCACCAGUCUAUUGAGGGGGACAAGUUUCAAUGCAACGAACGUGUCUCAGUUCUUCAACAACCUUUCUACUAUUCUGGGCCGCCACCACUUUGAGGCCAAAGAUGUGUGGAACAUGGAUGAGACCAGCACCGCAACAGACUAAGUGCCGGACAAAAUCAUUGCCAACAGAGAGAGGAAGCAGGUCGGACCAACGACAUCUGCAGAGAGAGGAACAUUGGUUACUACGGCACUAGCGGUCAAUGCUGGAUCGAAGUGUUUACGGCCCCCAGAGGAGAUACAUCAACAGUGCCAUUGAUUGCUGGAUAAAGACGUACCCUGGCAGAACGGUCUCCAAAUACGACAUACCAGGAAUUGUGGCAACAGCCCUACCAUCUGCUGUAACACCAGCCAACGUCAUGGCUGGGUUUCACUGUACCGGAUAUGGCCAUUAACCCUACUGUCUUUACAGAAGCCAAAUUCUCACGGGCUUUUGUAACAGGUCAUCCUGCCCCCGCCGCCACAGAGGAGCCAGCUGCAGCACCAGGGGGCCAUGGUGUCUCUCCACAGGCCCAGCCCAGGGUGGAGGUCAAUGCAAGUCCUGCGGGGCGGUCUGUCUCUCCUGGGCAGGGGGAGGUCCAAGCCCAUUCCACCUCUGGGGAUCACCUCCACGCUGUCUCAGAUCCAUCUACACCUGAAGAUCUCUUCUGUGAUUCUGAGCUGAGUCAAUCCAUCCCCACAGAUGACUUCAGCCUUGUCUAAACAUCAGACCGUUACCAUGGUUACGCCAUGGAUCUCAGUCUGAAAGAAGUCACUGUAAAAAAGACGCAAUAGUCUACAAGACAGAAUGUUGAAUACAUUGAUAUUUAAACGUACUUUACCGGUUUUCCGUGCUGUUGGUCCUUUUGGUGGUAGGAAGCGGAGAUGGGGUAUCCACAGGAAAGUGUUGUUUACCUGACUUUUUGUGGCGCCGGUAGGUUCUGUUGCUUGUAUAUCCCAUGUCCUGAUGCAUUCCAUGUGAUGCACAAUAUGUAAACAAUAACCCAAUGUAACCGAAUGUUGUCGACCAAAGCCCGUUCCCUCUCAAUCAGCUGAAAGUGCUUGGGAAAUGUGCCAUCUGAUUGCGUGGGACAACGUUUGGUCUGUGCUUCGGUUAAAUUUGGCCAUUGUUGACAUAUUGUGCAAGUCCCGUGCGAAUUGUGUCAGCAUUGAAAAUACAAACCGACAUACAGACCAGCGUACUGAAAGUAAUAACACUACUCUGUGGAUAUUUUGGCUCAGAUUACCUCCUACAUAAGGACAAACUCAGCGGACAACAGGUAAAGUACGUUCAAAUUAAGUUUAAUGAGCCUACAUGUUAGAGAUGAGAGAGGAGUAUUCCACUCUCGGAUUAGUAGAGGCUAACUUCAGCCCUGUAGCUGUCCGACCUUUCCCCAAGGCGAAGGAGAAGAACGACCACCAUUCUAACCGAUACCCCUGUCAAGGUGCCCUGGAGGAGGAGAAAACAGAAUAUAGUGAUAGCGCAGCUUGGAGAAACAGUGUGGCAAAAAAUCUAAUCAAAUCACAUUUUAUUUGUCACUUGCACCAAAUACAACAGGUGUAGACAUUACAGUGAAAUGCUUACUUACAAGCCCUUAACCAACAAUGCAGUUUAACAAAACAAUUUAAAAAGCAAAUAAUUAAAGAACAGCAGUAAAAUAAAAUUACAGUAGGGAGGCUAUAUACAGGGGGUACCGGUACAGAGUCAAUGUGCGGGGGCACUGGUUAGUCGAGGUAAUUGAGGUAAUAUGUACAUGUGGGUAGAGUUAAAGUGACUAUGCAUAAAUAAUAAACAGCGUAGCAGCAGCGUAGUCCGGGGUAGCCAUGAUUAGCUGUUCAGGAGUCUUAUGGUUUGGGGGGUAGAAGCUGUUAAGAAGCCUUUUGGACCUAGACUUGGCGCUCCGAUACUGCUUGCCGUGCGGUAGCAGAGAGAACAGUCUAUGACUAGGGUGGCUGGAGUCUUUGAUAAUUUUUAGGGCCUUCCUCUGACACUGCCUGGUAUAGAGGUCCUGGAUGGCAGGAAGCUUGGCCCCAGUGAUGUACUGGGCCGUACGCACUACCCUCUGUAGUGCCUUGGGGUCGGAGGUCGAGCAGUUGCCAUACCAGGUGGUGAUGAAGAGAGCUCAGAAGAGAGCAACUAAGUAGGAUGAACAGGAAGUUGUGGGGUAGAUUUAGGCUCAUCUAUGCCAGGGCAGAUCUGGGUGCAAUGCUUGUUCAGUCAUGGGUGGGCACACAAGGCCUACACUGAAGGAGAUCUACAUCUGUCACAACUGCGAGACAAAGUAAACCAAUUACAGGUUUAUGCACUUUUGUUUUGCACAAUUUCAUUUUAAUUUCCUCAAACAAUUACAACAAGUGUUUUCCAUACUUGUGUUGUUCACAUUUUGUCUUUGUCUGAAGUUACUUUUUGCACUUAGUUCAGAAAGAAUGGUUCUAUAUUUCUCAUUUUAUAAUUUUAUACCUCUUCUAUUGCCUGAUUUUAUUUUUUUUACUUUAAAAAAAGAAGUUUCACUUAGAAGAUGCUCUUAUCUUGUGCGUCUUACAGGAGCAAUUAAGAGUUAAGUGCCUUGCUCAAGGGCACAUCGACAGAUGUUUCACCUGGUCGGCCCUUUCGGUUACUGGUCCAAUGCUCUUAACCGCUAGGCUGCCUGGGUGCUGUUUUAGACAACAUUGUCUUUUGUGGAUCCAUUUUAUUCCCUUCAUUUAAAUCUUAAAGCUGCAAUAUGUAACUUUUUGGGCAACCCAACAAAAUUCACAUAGAAAUGUUAGGUAUAGAUCUGUCAUUCCCAUUGAAAGCAAGUCUAAGGCCUCCUGAGUGGCGCAGCGGUCUAAGGCACUGCAUCGCAGUGCUUGAGGCGUCACAGCCGGCCGUGACCGGGAGACCCAUGAGGCGGCGCACAAUUGGCCCAGCGUCGUCCGGGUUAGGGGAGGGUUUGGUCAGCCAGGAUGUCCUUGUCCGAUCACGAUCUAGCGACUCCUGUGGCAGGCCAGGUGCAUGCACGCUGACACGGUCACCAGUUGUACGGAGUGUCCUCCGACACGUUGGUGCGGCUGGCUUCCGGGUUAAGCGAGCAGUGCGGCUUGGCAGGGUCGUGUUUCGGAGGACGCAUGGCUCUCGACCUUCGCCUCUCCCGAGUCUGUACGGGAGUUGCAGCGAUGGGACAAGACUGUAACUUUUCUAUGUGUGCUAUUUCUAUGCUUCCCGUUCUUAAGUUUCGUUUUUGUGUCUUAUUUUCAGUUUUGUACACCAGUUGAAAAUACAAUCUUUUUGGUUAUGGAAAAUAUAUACUAAACAAAAAUAUAAACGCAACAUGCACUGGGGAGCCAGGCCCAGUCAAUCAGAAUGAGUUUUUCACCACAAAAGGGCUUUAUUACAGACAGAAAUACUCCUCAGUUUCAUCAGCUGUCCGAUUGGCUGAUCUCAGUCGAUCCCGCAGGUGAAGAAGCCGGAUGUGGAGGUCCUGGGCUGGCGUAGUUCUCUAAAACGAGAAUAGAGAACUUAUGGUAGAGAAAUUAACAUUACAUUCUCUGGCAACAGCACCGAUGGACAUUCCUGCAGUCAGCAUGCCAAUUGCACGCUCCUUCAAAACUUGAGACAUCUGUGGCAUUGUGUUGUGACAAAACUGCACAUUUUAGUGGCCUUUUAUUGUUCCCAGCAGAAGGUGCACCUGUGUAAUGAUCAUGCCGUUUAAUCAGCUUCUUGAUUUGCCACACCUGUUAGGUGGAUGGAUUAUCUUGGCAAAGGAGAAAUGCUCACUAACAGGGAUGUAACCAAAUUUGUGCACAAAAUUUGAGAGAAGCUUUUUGUGUAUAUGGAACAUUUCUGGGAUCUUUUAUAUCAGCUCAUGAAACAUGGGACCAACACUUUACAUGUUGCGUUUAUAUUUUUGUUCAGUAUAUUUCACAGCAGUUUAGAUGGUACAAUGAUUCUCUAUACUAUACUUGCUUGUUUUGUCACAAACUGAAAUUAGGCAAACUAUUAGAAUUUUAGCAACCAGGAAAUGGCAGAGCGAUUUCUGCAUAGUGCACCUUUAACUGAUGGCCUGGAAUAAAAUUUAAAACAUUUAAGCACAGCCCAUUGUCUACUCUAGUUCAUAUUCCUUUAAUCAACAAGUGACUGAAUGUUUGAAAAAUAUGACAUUAGAAUUUUGCAUUAAUCAAUUGACUUAAUUGAUUAGCUUUGAGUCCUUACAAUAGGCUUUAUUUUAGCAUAAAACUGUAUACUGAAUGCACUUUCAAACUGCCGGAAGAAGUUCUGUAGAACCUUUAAAGUAAUACUCGUAUUUGUGGCCAAAGCAUAAAUUAUAGAAAAAUCACUUCAAAAACCCCACCUCAAUCAGUGGAGGGUGCUGAGGGGAGGACGGCUCAUAAUAAUGGCUGGAAUGGGGAAAAUGGAAUGGCAUCAAACACCUGGAAACCAUGUGUUUGAUGUAUUUGAUACCAUUCCACUUAUUCCACUCCAGCCGUUACCACGAGCCCAUGAUCCCCAAUUAAGAUGCCACCAACCUCCUGUGCUCAAACUUGAAUCUCAAACAGAAGGUUGCAAAAAUGCUUUCUAUUUCCUCAUAGAGGAGGAUGUCAUCCUGAGGAGGAUGAGCUGACCAAUCAGUGGUCUACUUGCGUGAAUAUUUUUUAUGACCGAUAUACACCCACGCCAUUCUGUUGUUGGGGUACGCCCACACCAAUCCAACACAGAAAAGCUGCUUUUUAACAUAGAUAAUUACCAUAUUUUGAAAGGAAAACUAUUUCACUCAUAUUGUAAAUAAUUAUACAGUGCCUUUAGAAAGCAUUCACAUCCCUUGACUUUUUCCACAUUUUGUUGUGUUACAAAGUGGGAUUAAAAUUGAUUUCAUUGUCAGUUUUGGUCAACAAUCUACACAAAAUACUCUAAUGUCAAAGUGGAAGAUACAUUCUAACAUUUAAAAAAGAAUGAAAAAUAAAACACUAAUAAUUUCACCUUAUUCAAAGGGAUAUUUUUUUACACAUCUGGUCUUUGUGGUUGAAUCUGUGCUUAAAAAUCACUACUCGAUUGAGGGACCUUACAGAUAAUUGUAUGUGUGGGGUACAGAGAUGGGGCAGUCAUUCAAACAUCAUGUUAACCACUAUUAUUUAAUACAGAAUGAGUCCAUGUAACUUGUGAUUUGUUAAGCACAUUUUUACUCCUGAAUUUAUUUAGGCUUGCCAUAACAAAGGGGUUGAAUACUUAUUGACAUUUCAGCUUUUCAUUUUUUACUAAUUCAUAAAAUGUCAAUCUCAAUUUAAUCAAUUUUAAAUUCAGCUGCUGUAACACAAAAAAAUAUGGAAAAAGUCAAGGGGUGUGAAUACUUUCUGAAGGCACUGUAGAUUCCACGUCACAAUACAUUGACAAAAUAUGUUGAAACAACCUUGAUUUAACCAGUUUGUGCCUAGUGGGUUAAGUUUGUGUGCACCCCUCUCCCCAAAUGUAUUUCGCUAUUAGACAUUGUACACAAACAUGCCCCUGAAAUACUUUCUGAAGGCACUGUAAGUCAUAUUCAAUAGAACUCUGGAAACACUGGACAGUUACUUUAAAGCAAGUGGUUGUUUUCCUGUAAGGAUACCUUAUGCUUACAUUAUGGCCAUUCUUCUGAAAAAGUCAUUUAAAAAGAGGACCAGAACCUAUGAUAUGAAUAAUCAAGGACUUGGGACUAUAAAGUUAUAUCGGCAAAAUCUACAAUUUUGAUGUACAUAGUGUACAGUUGAAUCAUUUACAUUUUAGUCAUUUAGCAGACGCUCUUAUCCAGAGCGACUUACAGUUAGUGAAUACAUAUAUAUAUUUUUUUAUACUUGCCCCCCGUGGGAAUCAAACCCACAACCCUGGCAUUGCAAACGCCAUGCUCUAUCAACUGAGCUACAUCCCUGCCGGCCAUUCCCUCCCCUACCCUGGACGACGCUUGGCCAAUUGUGCGCCGCCCAUGAGUCUCCCGGUCGCGGCCGGCUGCGACAGAGCCUGGAUUCGAACCAGGAUCUCUAGUGGCACAGUUAGCACUGCGAUGCAGUGCCUUAGACCACUGCGCCACUCAGGAGAUUUACAGAUAAUAACACAGAUAUAAAGUUCAGUUCAUGAGCCAUUCAAUGAUUCAACUGUACACUAUGUACAUCAAAAUUGUACAUUUUGCCGAUAUAACUUUAUAGUCCAAGUCCUUGAUUAUUCAUAUCAUAGGUUCUGUUCCUCUUUUUAAAUGAUUUAGAUUGUUUCCACCACUUUUACAGAAGAAUGGCCAUAAUGUAAGCUCUUUAUGGUAAAAACUAAUAAAUACAGGUGCCUUAGAGCAUGUUUGAGGCCCUUAGGAGAGGCAUUGCUGUUUUGUCUUGUUCUAUAUCAAUACAAAAACCUCCAUGGAAGGAGUAUUUCACAAUACUAGCAAGUAGUUUACUGACUUUGGGUGUCAGAAACCAGAAAAUAUAUCCGUUUACUCAUCCAGAGCUAAGCUUUCACAAUGUUGCUAGUUAUCCAUAGGAUAUAGUGUAUUUGUCAAUUUAGGGAACUAUCGCUUUAACAAAUGUGUGAUGAACAUUAAUUAAUAUAUUUGAUGAUGUGAUUAGAAAGAAGGAAGGAUAUUAUCUUGAUUUAAUCAAUAAAUGCGUGUACUUUUCUAUUGAAAUAAUUGUAACAUUCGGUGCCAGAUAGAACUUUAUGGCUGAACACAGAUUGACAUUUCAGAGCCAUAAGGUUUUAGGAAUUUUGUUUGUACUUUUUACCCCUUUUUCGUGAUAUUAAAUUGGUAGUUACAGUCUUGUCCCAUCACUGCAACUCCCCUACGGACUCAGGAGAGGCGAAGGUCGAGAGCCAUGCGUCCUCCGAAACGCGACCCUGCCAAGCCGCACUGCUUCUUGACACACUGCUCGCUUAACCCGGAAGCCAGCCGCACCAAUGUGUCGGAGGAAACACCGUCCAGUUGGCGACCAAAGUCAGCUUGCAGGCGUCUGCCACAAGGAGUCGCUAGAGCGCGAUGGGGCAAGGAAAUCCUGGCCGGCCAAACCCUCCACUAACCCGGACUACACAUUGCCAAUUGUGCGCCGCCUCAUGGGUCUCCCAGUCACGGCCGGCUGUGACACAGCCUGGGAUCGAACUCGGUUCUGUAGUGACGCCUCAAGCACUGCGAUGCAGUGCCUUAGACCGCUGUGCCACUCGGGAGGCCAGGUUUUAGGAUUUUGAUACUUUGCACUUUAGGUACCUUUAAGUUGAGGACUUUAAUGGGUUAUGAAAGACGAUUUCACUACAAAACAGUUCAGAGAUAUGGGAUGUGAAAACUUUAAUGCUCAAUAUCUCAGAAUAACUAUGCUUUAUGCAGAUAGAACCUUAUUGUCCCAAGGUCUCGAACUGUCACUCACCAUAUCACCCUUCAAAUAUCACUUUCGUUCUUACACUAUAUUUACAAAAGUAUGUGGACACCCCUUCAAAUUAGUGGAUUCGACUAUUUCAGCCACACCCGUUGCUUACAGGUGUAUAAAAUCGGACUCACAGCCAAGCAAUCUUCAUAGACAAACAUUGGCAGUAGAAUGGCCUUACUGAAGAGCUCAGUGACUUUCAAUGUGGCACCAUCAUAGGAUGGUCGUCAAAUUUCUGCCCUGCUAGAGCUGCCUCGGUCAACCGUAAGUUCUGUUAUUGUGAAGUGGAAAAGUCUAGGAGCAACAACAGCUCAGCCGCGAAGUGGUAGGCCACACAAGCUCACAGAACGGGACCGCCAAGUGCUGAAACAACACUCACUACCGAGUUCCAAACUGCCUCUGGAAGCAAAGUCAGCACAAGAACUGUUUGUCGGGAGCUUCAUAAAAUGGGUUUCCAUGGCCGAGCAGCCGCACACAAGCCUAAGAUCACAAUGCGCAAUGCCAAGUGUCGGCUGGAGUGGUGUAAAGUUAGCCGCCAUUGGACUCUGGAGCAGUGGAAACGCGUUCUCUGGAGUGAUAAAUCACGCUUCACCAUCUGGCAGUCCGACGGACAAAUCUGGGUUUGGCACAUGCCAAUGCAUAGUGCCAACUGUAAAGUUUGGUGGAGGAGGAAUAAUAGUCUGGGGCUGUUUUUCAUGGUUUGGGCUAGGCCCCUUAGUUCCAGUGAAGGGAAAUCGUAACGCUACAGCAUACAAUGACAUUCUAGAUGAUUCUGUGCUUCCAACUUUGUGGCAACAGUUUGGGGAAGGCCCUUUCCUGUUUCUUCAUGACAAUGCCCCUGUGCUCUUGUGGCUGAAUGGAAGCAAGUCCCAUUUUACAUUUACAUUUUAGUCAUUUAGCAGACGCUCUUAUCCAGAGCGACUUACAGUUAGUGAGUGCAUACAUUUUCAUACUGGCCCCCCGUGGGAAACGAACCCACAACCCUGGCGAAAGUCUUCCCAGAAGAGUGGAGGCUGUUAUAGUAGCAAAGGGGGGACCAACUCCAUAUUAAUGUCCAUGAUUUUGGAAUGAGAUGUUCGACGAGCAGGUGUCCACAUACUUUUGGUCUUUUGUGGUCCUCUGUAGCUCAGCUGGUAGAGCACGGCGCUUGUAACGCCAAGGUAGUGGGUUCGAUCCCCGGGACCACCCAUACACAAAAAAUAUAUAUAAUGUAUGCACGCAUGACUGUAAGUCGCUUUGAAUAAAAGCGUCUGCUAAAUGGCAUAUUAUAUUAUUAUUAUUAUGUACUGUAGUAUAUCUAUCCCAGCUCAGAACUCUAUCCAGCUGGCGGCGCUGUUGUCCGUUUCAGGCUCGCUACCCGCUGACAAACACUAAAGAAUAAGACAGCACGGAAGUAGAAUUGGAGGAAGCUUUGUUUUUAUUUUGCAACAGGAAUAUUCCUUACGUGGAUUUUAGACGCAGUUAACUCUCAGUCCACUGAAAAUGGCUAAAUUACAGUCUUUGAGUGUGUUUGUUAAUACGCGUUUAACAGUGGCUACCGUUGAGAUUAUGGGGGCUGUAGAGAAAGUGGUAGCGGAGUACCAGGAGGAGAUUUCCAGAUCUAAA